UAGUAAUGCUUGUUCAACAAUGGGGGAAUCAAAAAUUUUUAUUUGCGUGUUGGCUACAGACAUCGACGAGUGCAGAAUCACCAAGGUACGCGAUUCAUGCUUCGGGGACUGCAUCAAUCUGCCCGGAGAUUACGAGUGCCGAUGCCCGCGGGGAACUCAUGGCAACGCAACGGAGCGCGGCGGUUGCAUCGCCGAGUCCCCCACAGGUCUAAUAAUUGGUUUGUCAGUUGCUAGUGGCCCGGUAUUCCUGCUUUUGGUUCUAGGGAUAACAUUAGUACUCCGUAAGAUUGAGCAGCACAGAAAAGAGAUGCUGAAGCAAAAAUAUUUCAAGCAAAAUCGUGGGCAGUUGUUGCAACAAUUGGUGUCCCAAAACGCAGAUAUUGCAGAAAGGAUGAUCAUACCGGUGGAUGAGCUUGCAAAGGCGACAAACAAUUUUGACAAGGCCCGGGAGCUCGGCGGUGGAGGGCAUGGUACCGUUUACAAAGGAAUCUUAUGGGACCUACAUGUCGUGGCCAUCAAGAAAUCAAAGAUUACGAUCUAGAAAGAAAUAGAUGAGUUUAUAAAUGAGGUAGCAAUCCUCUCGCAGAUCAACCAUAAGAAUGUGGUCAAACUCUUUGGAUGUUGCUUGGAGACUGAGGUACCAUUGUUGGUUUAUGAGUUUAUUUCUAAUGGAACACUUUAUCAUCAUCUCCAUGCCGAAGGACCAAGGUCUCUAUCUUGGAGCAAUAGGUUGAGGAUAGCAACUGAGAUAGCUACUUCUCUUGCAUAUCUUCACUCAUCGGUUUCAAUCCCUAUAAUCCAUAGAGACAUCAAAUCCAGUAACAUACUUCUCGACGAUACACUAACAUCAAAAGUAUCAGACUUUGGAGCUUCAAGGUACAUUCCAACGGACAAAACUGGUUUGACAACAAGGGUUCAGGGAACAGCAGGAUACUUGGAUCCUAUGUACUUUUACACUGGUCGCCUCACCGAGAAAAGUGAUGUCUAUAGCUUUGGUGUCAUCCUUGUUGAGCUGGUCACUAGAAAAAAACCAUUUCCAUAUUUAUCUGACCAAGGUGAUGGCCUUGUUGCUGAUUUUGUCAACCUUCUUGCUGAGGGAAACCUUCUCGGGAUGAUUGAUCAACAAGUCUUAGAAGAGGGAGGCGAGGAAAUCCAAGAAGUUGCCUCACUUGCAGCAUACUGUGUAAGCUUAAGAACUGAGGAAAGGCCAACGAUGCGGAAGGUGGAACACAUACUAGAGGGAAUUUGGGGUACCAGGAAGUAUAACAAAGAUUAUACAUAGCACAGGAAUGCGACAAUCAAGUAGAAGAGAUAUAGUAUAAGAAAAAAUUAUGUCUACGAGAUACCCAAGCUAGAUAGCACAGCUCUUUGCUUUACUCCUUACAGUAAUUAAAUUCUUCUAUUCCUCAACAUCGCUUAUGUUUCUUUAGCAUGAAUCAACUGCACCCUUUCAUCAGAAACAAGUACAUGUGCUCCCUCUGUAUUGUACUUGUCACAUUAGUUUUAUCCUAAGUCAAAUAUAUUCAACCUUGACCAAGUUUAUAGAAAAAUAUAACAACUAUACUACCAAACAUGUGCACCAUCAAAAUGUAUCCCGUGGUGAACUCAAUGAAACAAGUUUGGUAUUGUAAAUGUUGUUAUAUUUGUCUAUAAACGUUGUCAAAGUUUAAUAUUUUUGGAUUAGGAUAAACCGAAUAUGAUAUGUAAAAACAAACAGAGGUAGUACCAGAUUAGAGUCGAUAGGUUUGCU